UAGGGUUUAGUUAUCAAGCAGGGCAGUCAAUCUCAGGCAGAUCGACCGACGGUCAAGAGCGUCAUCCACAACACCUCAACAUCAAAAUCAACAUCAAAAUCAAGCCCAUCUUCAAUCGAGCCACACAGCUAGAUACUUCACACAGACUCAUCACUGGUCGUCGACAGUCCCCAGAUCGACUCAACCAUCCAGAAAAGUCAUUCAAGCACCAACCCAACAUGGCUUCAUCAUCCAGAACGAUCACCAUCCUGCCCACACCCAACUCGCUCCAGGAGAGUUGGAACCUCCUCAGAGAAGGGACCGACCAGAUGAUGACUCGACCGGAUGAAGGGAUGUCGUAUCCCAAGUAUAUGCAACUCUACACAAUCAUGUACGAUUAUUGUACCUCCUCUAAACUGAACUCGAGUGGGACUGAAACCCUUCAAGCGGCGAACUCACUCAACAGGAGUCAGUCAUCAUCAACUGGCGCGAAUUUGAUGGGUGCUGAUCUCUACAAAUGUUUGGAACAAUACUUUGUGGAACACGUCAAAGGGAUCUGUCAAGCGUCCGUCGAACUUGAAGGCGAAAAGUUUCUCAAGUACUACACCGAGCAAUGGGAUCGAUUCACAACAGGGGCCAGUUUCGUCCAUCGACUAUUCACCUAUCUCAAUCGACAUUGGAUCAAACGAGAGAAAGACGAAGGCCGCAAAAAUGUCCACGUAGUUUACACGCUCGCAUUGGUCAAUUGGAAAGAGUAUUUCUUUGUCGACCUUCAGAAACAGAACAAAUUGACCCUCGCUGUACUGAGCUUGAUCGAAAACCAGAGGAAUAGCGAAACAAUAGACCCUAAUCUCGUUAAACGUGCGGUUGAAUCCUUUGUCUCCCUUGGACUGGACGAAAGCGACUCAAAUCGCCAGAAUCUGGAGGUCUACAAGGAAUCAUUUGAAGUACCCUUCCUACAAGAAACCGAACGCUACUACCGAUUCGAAUCUGAGUCCUUCAUUGCCAAGACAUCUAUUCCUGAUUAUAUGCGAAAGGCCGAGAUGCGAUUGAAAGAAGAAGAAAAUCGAGUUGACAUGUACCUCCAUCUCAGCUCGAGGCGGAUGCUUGUCACAACUUGCGAAACCGUACUAGUCAAAGAACAUGCCGAACUUCUACAGGAUGAAUUUGUGAGGCUACUCGAAAAUCAAAAAGAAUCUGAUCUCAGCCGAAUGCAUGGUUUACUGGGACGUAUUCCAGAGGGGCUUGACCCAUUACGCGCUCAUUUUGAAGUUGCCACUAGGGAUAGUGGACUCUCGGCGAUAGAAAGCAUUGCCGGAGACAAGCCUGACGCAGUCGAACCUAAAGCUUAUGUGGACGCGAUCUUAGGAGUUUACGAAAAAUACUCGGACUUGGUUAAGAAGUCCUUCAGGGGUGAAGCUGGAUUUAAUGCCGCACUAGAUAAGGCUUGUCGAGAGUUCAUUAACCAGAAUGCAAUCACUGGCAAAUCUAGCCAGAAAUCACCCGAGCUUCUGGCUAAGUACUCUGAUCAACUGUUGAAGAAGACCAACAAAGUUGGCGAAGAAACCGACUUGAAUAUAGCUCUAGUCCAAACUAUGACUGUCUUCAAGUACAUUGAAGCCAAAGAUGUCUUCCAAAAGUUCUACUCAAAGAUGCUUGCUAAAAGACUAGUAUAUUUUCAAUCCGCAUCAGAUGACGCUGAAGCGAGUAUGAUUAGCCGGUUGAAAGACCAAUGCGGGUUCGAUUAUACAGCCCGGAUGCAGCGGAUGUUUUCAGACAUGGCACUUUGCAAAGAUUUGAAUGACCAGUUUAAGGAACGAAUGGCUCAAACGCAUCCUGCCUCUGAUCUUCAAGUUGAUUUCCAUGCACUUGCACUGGCGACGGGAUCUUGGCCACUACAAGCUCCCACCACCGGGCUGACGAUCCCAAUCGAGCUUGCGCCGACCUACGAACGAUUUUCGCUCUAUUAUCAGAAUAAACAUUCCGGGCGAAAGCUCACCUGGUUAUGGCAACUGUCGAGGAUGGAGUUGAAGACAAACUACACGAAGAUGAAGUACACGUUCAUGGUCUCGAGUUACCAGGGUGCAAUCCUUUUACAAUUCAACGUCGGCGGUGACAGUCUUUCCUACUCGGACAUUUCUAAGGGGACGGCCUUGGAUGAUGCGACCCUUAGACCCACUCUGGCUUUACUCGUUAAACAGAAAGUGCUGACCCAGGAUGAUGAUACAUAUGAUUUGAACUUGGAGUUCAAAUCCAAAAAGAUCCGAGUUAGUCUCAAUGCACCCAUUAAGGCUGAACAAAAGGCCGAGUCUGCUGAUGUUAUGAAGACCGUCGAUGAGGAUCGGAGGUUGCUCAUUCAGGCGGUGAUUGUCAGGAUCAUGAAGUCUCGAAAGACUUUAAAACAUCAAGCCUUGAUUCAAGAAUCGAUUGGUCAACUCGCUUCGCGCUUCAAGCCCGCGGUAGUAGAUAUCAAGAGGGCGAUCGAGACGUUGAUCGAGAAGGAGUACGUUCAACGUCAGGAAGGAACACGCGAUGUGUUUGAAUAUUUAGCUUGAUUCUCUACUCAUGCUUUUUCUUCUUCUUUUUUUUUUCUUUUGUGGAAGGUUGUUCUUAAUAUGAUAAGUCACAAUAUUUUGGUCAAACCAGAAAAAAAAAAAAAGUAAGAUCAAUGAAGGUGAUGAAGGCCAGAAAGAAGUUGUGUACAUAUUCCUGCUCCUACUAUUACCUUUCUUUUAAUAAAUGCUAUAAAUAUAUUCCUGCUUCUUUUCAUGAUACUCUAUGUUGUUCUCAGGUGAGGAAUAUAUCCUGGAA